AUGGGUUGCAAGGCUUGUGGAACAAACUGCCAGUGCUCGUCCUCCAAAUGAGGUGACAACUGCGCCUGCAGUCAGCAGUGCCAGUGCUCCUGCAAGAACGGACCCAAGGAUAAAUGCUGCUCCUCUAAAAACUAAAUACAUAUACAAAUCCCCUUGAAACUUCUCUGGCCUUUUGUGAUAUACAACCUCUUAUGAAAUCAAAAUAAAUCAACAAUCACUGCAAUUUAA